AUUUGUGUGCUUUUAAAGCCUACUGAAGCCAAAGUUAGCGUACUUUUCAAAUAUUGUUUGUUUCAAUUGUUCAGUCACUUGAAUAAGUCGGCCGUCAAUAACAUACUGUUCCUAUUCACUCACGCUCGGGGUUCAAACUAUACUCCCGGUGAUACGGGACCGGUAUUGUCUAAAUUUCUUAAGGAUAUUAAGGACAACCCUCCAAACGUGGACAUCGAAUAUAGCAACAAAAAUAUCUAUUGCUUUGACAAUGAGGCUUUCCGAUAUCUACUUGCAUCUACACCGCCUUACAAUAUCACAUAUAAACCAUUUUACAUAAGACAACUAUCGGCCAGUUGGGACAGAUCUGUUAAAGAAUGUGAGCGCCUACUGCAACAUAUCGUAUCCCUUCCGCCCCACAAAGUUCAGGACACCCUAUCGCUAAACAACUCCAGACAACAGAUCCUUUUACUGACUCAACCAUUGGCCGACUUAUCAAAAUGUAUAUCCGAUAACCAGAAACUCUGCGAAAAUCAUAAAAAAGAAAUCAAGGAUUUUGAGGGUACUAUAGAGGAACUACAAAAUAAGCUAUAUGUGCCCAGGGUCAGUGUUAUAUCCAUGCCAUUGGAUAAACCACGUAUGUGUCACCAUAGUUACCUGACACAUUUGUACAUUAGCUACGAGUCCAUAAUGGAGGUGAAACAGGUAAGGGAUGAGAUUAUUUAUGAGAAGCUUACCACCAGUCAGGAGGCACAGGAUGCCAAAGCGAAGCAGUUAAGGGUAUUGGAGAAGCAUGUGAAGCAAUUAUCAAAGGAGCAAGCUAUAAUUUCAAGAUGUAUGGCCCGUUUCGUAAGCUUUCUCAAGCGUAAUGCAUUGACGCCAUUCAAUGACGGUUUUGAGAGUUAUGUGCGUUAUUUGAUAGAAACCGAAAGAGUUGCCACAAAUAACAGAUCUACUAUUGAUAAACUGGAACAAUUACUAGAUGAUCAUCAUAAAGAGAUUGAACGUUUAAGUGACGCCAUGGAUAAGAAUGAUACGAUCAGCGGCUGUAUAACUGUAGAAGAUAUAGAAGGCUGUAUCAGAGAGUUGUACUCGCUCAAAUUAAAUGGCAAAACAAUCCGGGACAUGAUGAACUUGCAAAGUGAAUGCAGGGCACAGAAUCACACGUCAGGAAAUGAAAUCAAUUAUGUCAUGACUGAAGGAUCAUUGCUUUCCAAAAUCAAGAUGUUCGUUGAUUUCGAUUUCAUAUAA